CGUCGCAGCUCGUAUCAAACCGAAUAGGCGGGAGCUUGAAUGUGAUUGGCUGUUGCUAAGAUACGUACAAGAUUGACAAGGCACCGUCUUCCGGUUUGCUUGCUAUGUGUGCGCAGACGUUGUUAGCCACGGGAGCCACAAUGGCGUUUGUAGUCUCCUUCAGAUAGGGCUGUGGAUGAUACUAAAUCCACUAGCAUCGCCCUAACUAAAGGCCUGGUUGAUUUCCAGAGCCAUUGAUAAUAAACUGGAACAAUUAUUGCACACUUAAAUACUAUGAUUUCGAAUCAUUACUUACUUUAAAGGGGUAAAACUUACAUUAAAGGGAACAUGUAAACAGAGCCAACCGGGUCAAGUUUUCAGUUUGUUCGAGAAGCAGGCGUCUUUUAUUGAAGACAUUUGCUUGUUUCUGAAAGCUGAGACCGUAAAUCUGUGGAAUAAAACACCUUUACUUAACUUGGCACCGGACAAGGACAGCUUUCACAAAGGGAUUUUUUUUCUUUUUUACGAGUCAGCUUUCUUGCUGCCGACCAUUAGCUAGCCGUGCUAGCUACGUUCAGACGGAGACGAACACCACAAUGCUCCUAUGUUUGGUUUGGACCUUUUUCGUUCACUAAUUGAAGGUGCAGAAUUCGUGGCACUGGAAAACAACCUCGACAUCCUUUUUGCCUUGACGAAGCAAGUUGGUGACCUUAAGGAAUGAAUUGGCGCUAAGGAGGACUGGACUUGAGCGGCCUGGACGAGUGUGUAUGUCUUGAGCUGUUAAUUUCUUUUCUUUCAUUUUGUUGUUUGAUAUAGCAUCAGUCUUUUGUGGCUUUUGGAGACGCUACUAUUCUGUGAAUGUAUUGCCUGGAUCACCGAGGCCCGGUAACAGCAGAGACCCCGGCGUGAGGUAUGCCUGGGUCGGAGCGACAUCAUGGGACCAAGAGGAAGCCGGAUUUUAGCAGCGGUGUGUUACACCAGCCCCAAGGCCCUGCCCAUACCUCUGAGGAAGACAUGACGAGCAAAGACGGUAAGCUGCAGUUCAAAUCUUCCAUGACUUCCUCCUCGUCUGCAAAACGUAAGCGGCAUAAAUCAACCAAACAUAAUCGGGAGUCAUCGGCGGCUUUGAGGACCGAAGGUUUUACCCUCGGCGAUACGGCGCCUCCUGGUGUCAAUACGGUGAAGCCUCUGGUGGAGUACGAUGAUAUCAGCUCGGACUCGGACACUUUCUCAGAUCCACCGUCCUCCAGACCUUCUGAUAGAGGGGGCGUGGACCGAUUUGAUCCAUCACCGGAGUACGAUCGAGAAGAAUUAGAAGUAGACAGACAAAUUGAGAGUAGAGAAGAAAGGCCACCCCGAAAGAAGUCCAAGGACCCGAAUAAAGUUAGGGACCCUGGAAAUGGGGAGCAUGGGUACAAAAAGAGGAGCAGCAAAGAUCAGGAGAAAGGGAGCUCCUUGAAGAGCAGAGAUAAGACCACUGCCUUAGGUUCCUCAUCCAGACAGCAGCUCCAGGCAGAAGGGGACUUCAAACGUGUGGAUCCAUCCAUGCUCUCAGCCCAGGUGCAGCCUGCAGCCAGUGUGGGCAGCACCACUUCCUCCACAUCCUCAUCCCGCAGCAAGGAGAGCGGGCGCUCCGGGAAGGGCCGCAAAGACAAACAGCGCAGAGAAGGCAGAGGAGAUGGAAGCCACACUUCUUCUCAGAGGAGCCGCACAGACAGGACCCACCGCCGGUCCUCCAAGAGUCACAAGUCAAGCCCCAAAGGCAAGUCUUCAAGUAGAGGUAGUUCUCGCAGGAAAGGAGUGGGCUCUGCUCUGUCACCCAGUCCCCGAAGAAGACCUGGCAGUGAGAGCCCACUAGGCGGUAACUACGGACAACAGGGAGAAGACAGUUAUUCCAGGAGAAGAAUGGUUCAGCAAAGCCCCAGUCCCACCAGGGACAUGUCCCGGCGCAGCAGACAAAGAUCUGACAGCCCUUAUGGUAGUAGACAUAGGUCCUCCAGCUAUGAGAGGGACAGCAGCCCUUACUCCAGAAGGCGCUCCAUCAGCCCCUACGGUACCCGGAGGUCCUCCAGCACCAGCCCGUUGUCUCGGCGCUCUGGCCGCUCCAGAAGUCGAACCCCCCUGCAUUACUCUUCAUCUUGCCGCUCCUCUUCCCGCUCUAGAAGUAAAAGGCACACCUCCUCUGGUUUAGGCGGGGGAAGCUCCCACACCGGCCGGCCAGCGAGUCGCUCUCCCCCAUCUUCCCGUCUGCCCCCCAACUCUAGUUUGGGCGCAGAGCUUAGUCGAAGGAAAAAGGAGCGCCAGGCUGCUGAGGCGGCCGCUCGUGCCAGCGCCCCCGCCAAUGCGUGCCCGCUCCCGUUGAUGCGAAAAGCCGGAGUCGCCCCGUCAUCACGGCCUGCGAAAGCCGAGGCCCCACAGCUGGAAAAGGAGUCGGCAGCUGCAGAAAGUCAGCUUCCGGCAUCUGCACAGCUUUCCACUGAUGCUGAGGAACACGCCGCUACUCUACCCGCUUCCUCUGCCGCCUUACCGACACCACCUCCUCCUGAGCCCUCCCCUCCUGUCCCGCCCGGCCCAACGACUCAGCCGCCAUUGCCACCACCACCGGCAGAGUCGGCCGCUCAGCCUCCAACAAACCCUCCACCUCAACCCAAAUCUCCGGCGCCGAUUCCCACACGCAGCCCGGCUCGACAGCAACCCCUUCACAAAACAUCAACGCUGCCCCCCCUGCCUUUACCGCCUGCACUGCUGGGAAAUACUCAGGACAGUCCAAAGAAGUCCACCCCUCCUCAGAGACUUUCACGAAAAGACAGAGAACUUCGCAGCCGCCCAUCCAUCAUCGACCUUCCUCUGCCCCCGACCCUGGCAGGAGGGGAGUCUUCCCCACCACAGUCCCCUGUUCGCCAGCCUCCUCCACUGUUACCCCAAAUGACCCUCAAGAAGAGACCAAAGAUAUGUUGCCCUCGAUAUGGCGAGCGUAAACACAACCUGAGUGACUGGGGCAAACGCUGUGUAGAUAAAUUUGACAUUAUUGGGAUCAUAGGAGAAGGCACCUACGGCCAAGUGUACAAGGCAAAGGAUAAAGACACAGGCGAGUUGGUUGCUUUGAAGAAAGUGCGCUUGGACAAUGAAAAGGAAGGAUUCCCCAUCACAGCCAUAAGAGAGAUCAAGAUCUUACGGCAGCUGAAGCACCGCAGUGUUGUCAACAUGAAGGAGAUUGUCACGGACAAGCAGGAUGCACUUGACUUUAAAAAGGAUAAAGGUGCUUUUUACUUGGUCUUCGAGUACAUGGACCAUGACCUGAUGGGCCUGCUGGAGUCUGGCCUGGUGCAGUUCUCCCAUGAGCAUGUUCGCAGCUUCAUGCGCCAGCUGAUGGAGGGCCUGGACUACUGCCACAAGAACAAUUUUCUGCACAGAGAUAUCAAAUGCUCCAACAUCCUGCUGAACAACAGAGGUCAGAUCAAGCUGGCUGACUUUGGUUUGGCUCGACUUUACAAUUCAGAGGAAAGUCGGCCGUACACUAAUAAAGUAAUCACACUAUGGUACCGCCCCCCUGAACUUCUGCUGGGGGAGGAGAGGUACAGCCCAGCCAUUGAUGUUUGGAGCUGUGGGUGCAUCCUUGGAGAACUUUUCACCAAGAAGCCCAUCUUCCAGGCGAACCAGGAACUUCUACAGCUGGAGCUCAUCAGCCGUCUGUGUGGAAGUCCCUGUCCUGCAGUUUGGCCAGAUGUGAUUAAGCUUCCUCUUUUCAACACCAUGAAACCCAAAAAGCAGUACAGACGGCGACUACGAGAGGAGUUUGCCUUUUUACCUACUCCUGCUCUGGACCUGCUGGACCGAAUGCUGACCCUGGACCCCGCACGCCGUUGCACAUCAGAGCAAGCUCUCACCAGUGACUUCCUGUGUGACGUGGAGCCCAGCAAGAUGCCUCCACCCGACCUCCCGCAUCACCAGGACUGCCACGAGCUGUGGAGCAAGAAGAGGAGGCGUGCACGGCAGAGCGCGGUAACCGAGGAUGUGCCUGUGCCCAAAGUGCCCCGUAAAGAUGUGACUGGGACCUCGGGUGGGGAAAACAGUCGAUCUCAAAGCAGCCCGGCUCCCCCACCCCCUCCCCCAGCAAAACCCCCCUCCACAGCCAACUUGGAAAAUGAGCUGUCAGGUCUGGGAGCGGCUGCAGAGCAGUUGAAUCAAACCGAGUUGGCCGUGCUGCUGAACCUCCUCCAGGGCCAAACGGAUCUCAGCGUGAACCAGGUGGCCCAGCUCCUCAACCCCUCCAACCCAGAGAACCUCAGCCAGCUGUUGUCCACUCUUGGUGAGGCCUCCGACCAGCAGGGGGCCCCGGAGGAACAGGCCCAGCCUGCAUCGGUGCCCCAGCCUCCUGAGCCACCCCCUGAGCCUCAGGAAGUCUCACCAACGCCUGGAGAACCCUCCUCCCUCAGCCAGGAGGAGCAGGCCAACCUGCUGGCUCUCAUUUUGGGGCAAAUCAUAAAACCACAAAAUGAGGAACAAGGAGAUGAGAGCAAUGGCGUUCGGGCAGAAGAAGCGCUGUCGCGCGGUUCGUCCACUUCUACUACUGAUUGCAAGGAAGACGGUGUGUCGUCAAAGCUGAAACAAUUUUCCGUCAACCAGCUGCCUCCACCUGGUGAACAACGUCCACCGUCUCCACCCGGGCCGCCCCCGUCAGCUUCCAUCUUCGGGAACUCGUCUGAUGCCGAGGCGCAGCCCAGCCAGGACUUCAGCCCGGCCGUGGCAGCUGCCCUGCUUCAGCUCAUUUCUCAGCAGGACUCAGAAGCUGGGACCCCCAAGCCAAAAGAAGACCCUUCCCCUGCUGGGGACGCUCUAGCCCGGAGGCAAGGCCCUCUUCUCUGGGCUGCGGACUCUCCGCCCAAACCCCCACCUGCAGCUGAGGCCCCAGCAGGACUGGUGACUGCUGCUCCCACCUCUGCAGCGCAGUUUCCCAAGGACCAGGACCUCCGCUUUUCUCAUGGAGCUGCUCGCUGACCCACCAUCCUGAGGACGAGGAACGCUUGAUCAUCCUGGGACAUCCUGGUCUGAGGGGGAAAGGCAGCCGAAGAGCGCAGAGGAGCUGACAGUGAUUCUCUGGACCAGGUGCAGGUAGAGAAUCCAAUGAUUGAAAAUGAAUGUGUGCCUGAAAGAGGGUUUUUCCUGAAAUCCCUCAGCAGUCGUGUGGUUCGUUUUUUUCAAGCCGUGAAAAAAAAAGGACAAACAUCUGAAAGUCUUUGCGCGAAUGAAAUAAAGCUUUGGGAUGCAGCCAUCGCACCGUUCUGAAAGCAACCGUCAUCCUCUUAUCUCUGAAGUCAAUGAUUGUCGUGUGCGCUGCAGCGCUCCCAUCUAACAGCGCUUUUCAGAAGAAACCUUUCAGCCAAAACCUCCGCGCUCGCUUCCGUUCGUUUCCCGCCUUGUGAUCGUUGUGACCUCAGUGACCCCUGAAUGAUCUCAGCCUUGCAGGGAAUUUUUUUGUUUGUUUGUUUGUUUUCAAGAGUAAAGGCUGUGAAAUUCUCUCCUUCAUCCAGUGGAAGUGCGACUCGGCCCACUUGAGGGAUACCGUUGGCACAUGCACCCAACUUUUGUGUUAACGCAAGCUUGUUAAAUAGAAAAAAAAAGAAUUGAACUACGUCUUGAAGAUGAGCAGCACCCUAAUGCACAUGCUUUUCUGCCACAUAACCUAUAGUACAAAAACUGAUUGUUCCAGAUGGACCCUGAAAGCCUCGACUAAUAUAUCUGCCCCUCAUCUAAUUUUUGCAAAAGUUUUCUUUUUUAUUACAUAAAUAAAAUUAUAAAUUGCUAUAACAACUUAUGCUAAAUCAUUCUGUUUCCUCCUAUUUUUUGCUUUCGGAAAAAAAAAAAAAGAAGAAAAGAAAUUGGAAGCCUAGAACCGUUUCUGUAAAAAGAGAAUUUUGUAAUGUGUUUUCUUGGUUCCGUUGAUUAAAGGAAGUGAUGCGACCGACCGACCGGCUGGUUUUUCCUGCUCUUUCUGGAUGUUUUGGUGCGAAGCAGCCACUAGAUGGUGGGCAUUGCCUCCCGCUCAGCUAGAACAGGCAGUAAGUCAGUUCAGACUUUACUGUCCUUCAGCAGACUGUUUGAGAGGAAAAGGCCCCAAAAGCAGAUGCAGAACAUCUUAGAUCAUCAGAAUUACAGUUUGUUCUGCUUUUAUCCAGAGUUUUUUUAAGGAAAUUGUUGUACAUGAUAAAAAAUAUGUAACGUUUUAAAACUUAAUUUAUAGAUAAAAAUUUUCUCUUUUAGGAGAACCGUGAAAUCCAAUUGAAGUGUGUGUUUGUGUGGUGGAUUGGUUUCACCCAGACCAGCUCCUCACUUGGCAGCUGCACAGAGCCGCUUACCCCUCUGGCCCAACGAGCAGCUGAGCCCUCCGGGUACCAUAGAGGAGGCGAUGGGAGGCUCACCUGCCCUGCAGCACGGGCCCAGCUUGAACAAGAUGAGCCGCGCGUGCGUUCUGUUUAAUGCCUCUGCCCGCCGGGACGGGGAAUGAUGGCGAAUGCGCCCGCAGGGACACUGAAGAAGUGGCGGGCAAACGGCGAUGCCAAGUCACAGAGACUACACGCAUAAAUCAGGCUGAGGAGUGACGAGAGGGCGGCUGUGUCAUCAGUCAGAAAAGCACCCUAUGGGGGGGAAUGCCUGUAAAUGUGCCACGCUGCCAGUCGGUACGUGCCACAGCAGGGACAGGCGGCGGCUUCAAAACAAGCCUCCAUUUUGGAUCGAACGAUGACUGACAGUCUGUUUCAGUCAGCUGAUGCCAAAUCCUAUGAAAGAAAUUACAUUUUUGAUUUGAUUUCUUUUCUACUGUACUAUUUUCUUUUUCUAAAAACAAAGCACAAAUCUGCGUCUGAUCCUGCAGACCAGCAGGAAGACAAAAGAGGGAAUCUUUCAGCUGUCAGUCUGUCUUUUAGAUCACAGAUUCCCUAACGGGGUUGCCCUAAGGUGAUCUGCGUACUUUGCAGUGGGUUCACAUAAUCGCAUCCUUAUUUGAUAAAUCGAUAACCUCAUUUGUUGCCUCAGAAACAUGUGAGGACUUAGCAUCGGUCAGCACGUACGGUAGCAGCCAAGAACCCCAAAAUACAAGAGGAGGGACUCAAAGAUUCCUUCAUUCUGGACUCUUAGCCAAAAAA